GGACUACGAUUUAAGAGCGCACGCUGAUAGAAACAUUGAUACGAAUUAUCGAACUGCAGGAAGGGACGAGAGUCUGGAAUUAAUAAUUGAGCUGUCAGCUUAUAACGAAGUCAACAAUACAGGAAUCAACACUUGCGAACGGGUUUUCCGGACAUAGUAAACGAAUCCAGCUGUUGGGACCCCUCAUUUUGAGAUUGUGAGGUUAUUGGAAGAGGAAGAAAGAACGCGAUUGAGUACGAGUUUGGAAACUUGGAUGGUAGCUGCUUGAGAGUAAAGGAAAAGACGAUAUAUCAUCCCAUUCUCAUUGCGGUAGGAGGAAUCACCAAAGUGCAGAUAUGUUCCGCGCAACGAUAUCAGGAUUGGGGGCUGGGGGAAUGCGCCAGUUCAUCACAGCUUCUCGAACUACGAUUCAAAAUACGACUUCCACAAGAUCAGCUAUUUUGCGCAAGCUGCCACAGCGACCUAUAAGCACAUCUACUUCUACUCCUACGCAUUCUCUCCGCUCAAAAUCUCGUCCGCAGACUACCAAUUUUACAUUCUCCUCGAAUCCGAGACCGUCUUCGGAAACAUUGUUCCAACGUCUUCGCACAAGAACAAAUAGAUAUUUUCACAAUUCAAGGCCGAGGAGGAAUGGAGAGGCAAAGCCCGAAAACUUGGUGGACGAAACUACUUUAUCAGGGAGAAUGAAGAAAUUGAGUAGAGAAUAUGGGUGGAGUGUGGUGGGAGUUUAUAUCUUUUUAUCUGCGGCGGAUUUUCCAUUCUGCUAUUUGUUGGUCAGAACGCUGGGAACGGAUAGAAUUGGUGAAUGGGAACACACAAUAACCUCCUCCAUCAAAUCCAUCAUCCCCGAUUCCGUCAAAACUACCUUCCACGAGUGGCGCGUCGCCAUGCAGAAAACCUCACAUGAUAUCACCGGAUCCGACAAGCUCGGCGAUGGAGUAGAAAUGGCAGGAUGGGGCGUAGAAGAAGCAGAAGAGCGCAACAAAAGAGAUGCUAGUCUGGGCACUCAACUGGCUCUCGCCUACGCGAUUCAUAAAUCGUUUAUUUUUAUUAGAGUGCCGUUGACGGCGGCAGUGACCCCUAAGGUUGUGAGGACGCUGAGGGGCUGGGGAUGGGAUAUCGGGAAGAGGACAACCAAGGAGGCGAAGAAGAUCGCAGCGGUGAAACACGCGGCUCAACCGGCGAAACCUCUUAGGACGAAGGUCAAGAAGGCCUUUCAGACAAAGAAGAAGUAGAGGUUGCUGAGAAGGCAUGGUUUGGACGAAUGAGGUGUAUAUAUGGGUAUGGUACAUCUUGUUGGGGAAAUUUCACUCUAUUGUAAUUAUGUAUGAAGAGAAGUGGGAGAUGAGAGUGGUACAGCGGAAGAAAAGGAUAUGAAUGAAAUGGAAUGGGAAGGGAAGGGAGAACGAAUGUUACGGUUAGCAUAGCAUGGUAUUGUAUGGUAUGGUGGAAAGAAAAAAAGCAUUGGAAGGAGUUCAUCGUGUAUUAUCCAUAUAUCACACGCUACACAGCGCGCAUAGAUAGCAAUGGAUGUUUUUGGAUUGGAAGGGGAAGAUUAUGCCA